AUGGCUCUACCGAAGGUAUUGGUGGUGGCUGAGAAGCCUAAGAUUGCGGAGGUACUUGCCAGCAGUCUGUGCACGGAUGCAGGGUCGCUGCAUAAACGCAAAGGGAAAUCUAAUGCCUGCAUGACAUGGGAGUGUCGUGGCCGCUUCUUGUCCUCAGCGGCCGACUUUUUGGUGACUUCGACGGCAGGUCACGUGUACUCCGCCGCUUUCGCUUCACGCUACAACAAUUGGUCAUCCACCGACCCGCUGGAUUUGUUUGAUGCAGAUAUCGUGUUUGAGGAGGCGACUCCCGAGAACCAUAUUCCGCAGCACCUGGCUUACGAAGCUAAGGGAUGCAGUUACCUGUUGCUAUGUCUGGACAACGACAGGGAAGGGGAGAAUAUCGCCUUCGAGGUCAUUGGCAUCUGCCGCCCGCAUCUGGUUGAUUUGGGUCGUAAACAGAUUUAUCGCGCUCGUUUCUCAGCUUUGAGCAAGGAGGACAUUCUACGUGCCAUGGGCAGCUUAGGCGCCCCUAACAAGCUUGAGUCCGACGCAGUGCAUGCCCGCCAGAUCAUUGACCUGCGAGUUGGCUGCGCAUUCACACGUUACCAGACGAAGUUUUUCCAGGAGAAAUAUGGAGAUUUGGAUUCGUCCUGCAUAUCGUAUGGUCCAUGUCAGACCCCUACAUUAUUCUUUUGCGUGGAUCGGUACAACGCAAUACUGCGGUUCCAGCCGGAGCCCUAUUACAAGAUUUUCCACAAGGCGGUAUGUGCUAUUCACUUGUCCAUGACGCUUGAGCAGUUACGAGACGCCACUCACGGCAAGGUUACCGCUGUGAGCGUUAAAAAAUCGAGUCAUGCGCCACCUAAGGCCCUGAACACCGUGACCAUGUUGAAGGAAGCGUCAUCUCGUUUGGGUAUGGGUCCGCAGAAGGCCAUGCACACUGCUGAGCACCUAUACUUGUCUGGAUACACUUCGUAUCCCAGAACCGAGACAGACAGCUAUCCAAAUUCUUUUGACUGGGAAGACCUGCUGCGCAAAUGCCGGUCAACUCCCGAGUACGGGAAUUUGGUGGAAACUCUCAUGAAGUCCGGCACUCCGUUGGGACCUCAUGGCGGACGUGACGCCGGAGACCACCCUCCUAUCACGCCGGUUCGUCUCGUCUCCCAGGGAGUGUUGACAGGUGACGACUGGCGUUUGUACGACUUUAUCGUUCGUCACUUCCUGGCAUCAAUCGCCGGCCCAUGCAAGGUGGAGACCACGACCUAUACUAUUAAUGUGAACGAUGAACUUUUCAGCUUCAGCACAUCGAGGAAGCUGGAACGCGGCUACACCAUAGUAUCGCCUUCAUCGGAUGAUAAUGUAGUGAGUGCAGUAUCGCUGGCCAAGGGCGACCAAUGCGAGGUGGCGAACUUUAGCAUAGAGGAGGGCGUUACGUCAGCUCCACCGCUGCUGUCCGAGUCUGAUCUGCUGGACUCCAUGGAGAAGAAGGGCAUUGGCACGGACGCCUCGAUGGCCACCCACGUUCACAACAUCAUAGCUCGUAACUUCGUGAAGCUCGUUGGAAAUCGCCAAGUGGAACCUACUAAGCUUGGCAAAUCGCUACUGGAUGGGUACAUGCAGAUCGACCCUGAGCUCGUCCUUCCGAGCGUGCGUGCCACCAUCGAGAGUUACUGCAACAUGAUCGCCGAAGGCAAGGCCGAAUGUGCCGAUGUUAUCCGCCAUGUUUGCCGCAUGUUCCGUCUGAAGUUCGAGUAUUACACAAGCAAGGUUUGUUUGCUGUGUCAUGCCAAGCACGUGCUUCAGAUCGAUGUCAUGAACUCUCUGUUUGAGACCCAUUUCACCCGUGUGGAAAAUUUCGGCACUCCCAUGAGCCGCUGUGGUAUCUGCAAUCGUUACAUGUUGUUUCUGAACAAGGCGCCAAUGCGCCUGUUUUGCAGGAACUGCUCGCGAGAGUACUCGCUGCCAAGCGGCGGCACCAUCCGCUUGUACAAGGGCCUGAAGUGCCCUCUGGAUAACUUCGAGUUGGUCCAGUUUCAGAGUCGCAACCGCGCAUUUUCGCUCUGCCCGAUGUGUUUCAACGAUCCCCCAUUCGAGGAGUUCGGCAAAAAAGGCAUGAACUGCAUCGAUUGUGCGCAUCCUACCUGCGCGAAUGGUCCUCGGUCCUUGGUGUUGACGUGUUGCCCCGAGGAAUGUGAUGGGAAGUUGGUCCUCGAUGUCAUAAACGGCGCGCCUAAUUGGAGGUUCUUCUGCACCCUCUGCGUGUACAAAUUGCACAUAUCGGACAAUGCUAAGAAGAUUUCAAUACUCCCCGAAUCGGAGUGCGACGAGUGCGGCAGCCACUACGCGAAGUUCGAACUAAAGGAUGGGAACUCGCUGGAGGGCUGCUUGUUCUGCAGUGAUGGCAUGAAGAGAUAUCUGGUGAACCCGUUAGUUAGAACAGCGUGUGAAGUCACAGUUGCUUAG